AUGCGUAACUCGACAAACGCGCGCGCCGUCUCGGCGGGACAGCUGAGAUACCCUUCUGCGACGCCUUCGCCAGCCGAUGAGCAACUCGCCGAUGACGCCCGGCGGCACGAGCCGCCCGUGGGGGCCGACGACGAGCACCUGGCUUGUCUUGAGGGGGCGACCGAUAGGCACGGGCCCGGCGUGCGGCACGUCAUUGUCGUCGGGGAGAACGUCGAAGCUUCGGUUGGGCCGUACACGUUCCGGAAUGCGGCGCCCGGAGGCGGUCGCGCGCGCUUGGCAGACGCUCGCGUAAUCGAGCGCCUCGCCGCCGAUCACGACCUGCGCGAGCCCGUGGAAGACGCCCGGGCAAACAGUGGCAAGCCAUUUACUAAAGCGCCCGGGGACGGCGGCACCCAGACGAUAUUCGGCUCGGCUGCCAGAUUGCCGAGUUGCCGGACUGCCGGAUACCGAGCGGAAAAUAUGACGCUCCUGCUGGGCGCGACGCUAGUGUGCGUCGACCGUUUCGACGUGCUCGACCCGCCGGAGCUCACGCGGCUCUUCUUAGCGACCACUACUGCGUCAUCACAGUAA